GCAGUGUCGGUUACGCGCAGAGUGAAAUCAGUGAGUGAGCUUGUGUGGACGCAGAUGCAGACACAGGAAACACUGAACCGGCACAACGCCGCUCCUGCACUCAUUGUCACAGACAGUGUUCUGAUGAAGAAAAGGAAAGCUCGAUGGCUGGUCUCAGGGAUGUUAAGUCUGUCGUUGGUCAUUGCUGUGUUGGGAAUCUACACCAGUACACGGACAGAAAGCGUCAGUGUCACAGGAUACACAUCAGGAAUUAUCUUGGCAUUUGGAUCGUUCUUGGGAAUUCUUGGAUUAUGUCUGGAGGAAAACCGCAAAAAGCUGCUGGUUGCAUCCAUUGUGUUCCUGAGUUUUGGUAUCAUUUCCAGCUUCCUGUGUCUUGUAAUAGAUGGCGUUUUCAUCCUACUGAACAUUGACAUGCGUCCAAUGAAGGCAGGAAGAUGUCAGUUUUACGCCAGUGGAAACAGUUACAUCUAUGAGAAUUACUAUGCAACAGUUCCUUGUCAGGGACUAACAGAGGCCUGCAGUAUGAAGGUUCGUAGUGGGACAUGUUACUGUUGUGACUUGUACGAUUGUGCAAAUGGAGGAUAUCUGAACAAUUACUAUGAAUUUGUUGGUGUGCAGAGCUGUCAGGACGUCCUGUCUCUGUAUGUUCUCCUCUGGGUCCUGACUACCCUCAAUCUGUUGGCCUUUGUGUCUGGAAUCCUGACCACUGCUGUGUUGGGUAGUGUUAAAGACAUGCAGAGAAGUCAGGGUGUCUGUCCCACCCAGUGGGGUGGUUCAUCUUUACUAUCAUUUGAACGGGGCAACUGUUCCUCACCCACUGCACCUCUGCUAACCAACCCCAGUUUAAACAGUGGACAGCAGCUUUACCCGAAGGCUUUACUCAGUGUUUCACCUGCAGCAGGAGUAGCUGGUGUUUCUCAGACAGGACUUACUGAUGGAUCCCACACACAACCCAACCCACCUCCUUUUGCCCCACUUUACAACCUCCAACCCUAUAAGACCUCCAGCUUCUCCUAGAGAACACCUGAAUGCCAGUCUGUGCUUCAGAUGCCAACCAUACCUACAGAAAUGAAACUGGACUUUCCGUAUGGACAUUAUGAAUUCAUCACUGAACUCAUGACUGCUUUUUAUAAUACAUGUUUUUUAAUAUGCACAAUUUAUUUGAGAAAAAAUAAUUUUAAAAUGAACUUUAAUGCCUCUGAUUUUUUUUGCUGGGAAAAUAACAAUAGCAAAUCAUACCAUAGCCAUGUAUUAACAACCCAAUCAAAUAUUGAAUGAGAAAGUCUUCACACUAUGUAAGUAAAAUGAGACAUACUAAACAUAAAAAAUAUUUAUAUUUAAGAUAUUUUUACUUUAUUACAAAGGUAAUUUACUUGAUAAUAAAAAUAUAUUUGUGCUUAA